AUUUGUAAAGUUGUGAUCUUGUCUAUUGGCCAUUAAGUUCUUCACUGUUCACAUUCUCUGAAGUUCAGAUCUGUCACAUUUUACAAUCGGAUGAGGAAAUUUAGGCAUAAGACACUGUAGACAGACAAUUGUCUGUGAUCAUAGAUCCUAAUGCACAUGUGACUCUGAUUACAGCAGCAUGUUUCUCCAAUGCAACAACAAUAAGGCUGGUAAUAAAUUAUUCAGGUGAGAGACUGCCGAGAAAACCUUAAAUACUUCAUGCCUCACCAGAUUGGGGUUGAAGGGAAGUGCUGCUUUGUCCAAAAGAACACGGGCCUAAGGGAGGUAGGAGCAGAGAAGGGUCAGAGUUUCUCACUGAAGCAUAUCCAUUGUUUCUCCCUCAUCAUAGCACAAUCUAUCUGCUCAUAGAUAGUCACAGGGAUCAAGCCAAACCCUGACGCUGAUAGAUUUUUAGCAUAAUUGGAGUGAAAUGUGAAGCAACCAACGUUCGCACUCAGACAAAUUGGUAAAGAGAGAAAGGGAAGGCCAAGCUGCCAACGUCUUUCCCUGCAGUUUCAAAAGGAUCUUAUUGGAAGUCCGAUCUAUUUCCGUAAACGAUCAUGGAGAGGUUCCUGAGAAAAUAUGAUAAAGAAUGCAUGAAGGUGAUGAUGCUGAAACAUGAAGAGACCUUCAGGCGACAGGUCCAUGAACUCCACCGCUUGUACAGAGUUCAGAAGCUUCUAAUGAGAGACAUGAAGGACAAUGAGUUGAAGUCACAGAGCUUCACCAAUUUUACUGACCAAAAGAAUGUCUCCGACUCAUGUCUUCUCGGCAAUAAUCACAAGGAGUUUAGGCAACCGCGAAGGCAACGGGUGCUUAAUCUUGAACUUCCAGCUGAUCAGUACAUAGAAAGAGCUGAGGAAGACGUGAUGUUAGAGCUGGAAGACGGCGGCGGCAUUGAAUUGGCACUGACUAUAGGAAACAGUUGGAGGAAGAGAGAAGAGGUAUCUUUCACUUCUGAUGAGGCAGCAAGCUUUUCCUCAUCGUCGACUGAGACUGGAGGGUUGAAGUUAAGUGGGCAUGGAUGGAAGCUGCAGGGGAUGGAAGAAGGAAACUUCAGCUAUGACAGCAAUAGGAAGAAUGGAUAUGAUAUGGAAGGAGUGAGAGAGGAAAGUCUGAAGCAGCCAUCUUGGCACAUUCAGUGUUUGAGUCUCAAGAUGGCUUGAUCAUGUCAGCAAUUUCAGAAGUGUGUGCUUGUUUCAAGUUUCUCAGUUAAUGCCAAGCAUUUAUUUUCUUAGA